GAAACGCGGUCGGUUUUUAGGAGUGAAAAAGGACAGCGGCGGCUUUCUGGAAUUUGGUAACCCAAAACGACGUCGACCCUCUUUUCAUACACGCGUAAAACUCAGUAGCACGACGACACAACGCUCCUCCACCGGUACUCAAACCCCUCACUCCCGACGCGUCUCCGCGCGUAUCGAGCCCGAGCUCGUUGACUCACCUGCGCACGAAAGCAAGUCCUUCGAUGGAGUUGUCCGAAGGAGCGUGCGAGCUGAAACUGCUCGAUAGGCUCGAAGGCCACAGCGACAGGGUGUGGAGCCUGGCGUGGAACCCAGCCACCGGCUCUGCUGGUGUUCCGCUCGUUUUCGCCUCAUGUAGUGGCGACAAGACCGUCCGCGUCUGGGAGCACGCGCCCUCCCCCUCGUCUGCCUCUUGGACCUGCAAGGCGGUUCUGGAAGACACGCACACCAGGACCGUCCGAUCUUGCGCUUGGUCCCCCGAUGGGAAACUACUGGCCACCGGUAGCUUCGAUGCCACCACUUCAAUUUGGGAGAACGUUGGUGGCGAUUUCGAAUGCGUUGCCACUUUAGAGGGUCAUGAAAAUGAAGUGAAAAGCGUGUCGUGGAAUGCGGGGGGGACGCUGCUCGCAACGUGUGGCCGAGACAAAUCGGUAUGGAUUUGGGAAGCGGAGCUUGCGAACGAGUUUGAGUGUGUUUCGGUGUUGCAGGGACAUACUCAGGAUGUUAAGAUGGUUCAGUGGCAUCCGACUAUGGAUGUUUUGUUUUCGUGUAGUUACGAUAAUACGAUUAAGGUUUGGGCGGAUGACGAUGAUGAUUGGCGGUGCGUUCAGACUUUAGGUGAACCUAACAACGGUCACUCAUCGACCAUUUGGGCACUCUCUUUCAAUGCUAGUGGAGACAAAAUGGUCUCAUGUAGUGAUGAUCUUACCCUAAAGAUAUGGGAAACAAACAACAUGAAUAUGCAUUCUGGUGAUGGCCAUGCUCCUUGGAGACAUCUCUGUACUCUCUCAGGUUAUCAUGAUCGAACCAUUUUCUCAGUUCAUUGGUCAAGUGAGGGUAUUAUUGCCAGUGGAGCAGCUGAUGAUGGCAUACGAUUUUUUGUGGAGAACAAAGACGGUUUGGUUGAUGGACCUUUGUAUAAAUUGCUGCUGAAGAAGGAGAAGGCCCAUGAAAUGGACGUAAAUUCAGUGCAAUGGAGCCCUGGGGAGAAACGGCUAUUAGCUUCUGCGAGUGAUGAUGGUACAAUAAAGAUAUGGGAGCUGGCUUCACUAUGUACAGGAAAUGGCUACUAGCUUCUGCAAGUGAUGAUGAUACCUUAAAGAUAUGGAGCUAGCUUCAGUAUGUCGAAACGGCUACGGUUUCCUAUUUUGUUAUUUUUUGUUUCAUAUAGACAAAAUCAACAUUAGUGCAGCUUUGUGGAAAAUCAAGAUAGUUAAUUCAGCCAAUGGCAUUCGGCCCAAAAGGUGUUGGCCCCCUCAGUACUGGGUGAAGGCAAGGCUUCAAGCUCCGGUCGCAUGUGUAGGGAGGGAGUUUAUCCUAUUGGGGGGAUCAAAGAAGGGCAUUAUGCUUAAUAAAAGAAGCUCCUUUAUAAGGGAAAUAUGGCUGUAAUUACCGUCAAGCAGAAUUAUUGACCGUUUGAACUAUAAGUUGGCUAUAAGAUUGAUUAUGGCUUUGAGUUUA